AUGAGCGAUCGAGGCUCGAGUUCAUCACUAGAUGAUUCUUCUAGGAUACGAAAUGGAACUCCACUGCCAUCUUCCAAAGGUGAAGAACAAACAGCGAUGGAAUUAAGUUUAAGUACAUCAAGCUCCAAUUCAACCUUCAUUGCGGGUAAUACUCCUGUUAAGGGCCCCAAUAAUAAUAAUAAUGCUCGUCAGAAACGAACAUCGCUAGCAUGUAUUCGAUGUCGUGCUCGUCAUAUUCGAUGUCCUGGAGGAGAUCCUUGUAAGAAAUGUCAAUUAGCAAAGGCAAAAUGUGAAUACGUGGAAGCAGACAAAAAAAUCGUGGUAUCAAUGAAAUAUUUAUCUAAAUUACAUGAUGAUAUUGCAAGAUUGAAAAAAGAUAAUGCUCUGUUAAGAAAUAAUCUAAAAGAACUGGAAGGUAAGCGUGCAAGUGCUGAAAUUAAGAAAGAAGAUAUCUCUCCACUCCCACGACCCAACUUCCCUCCACCACAACAGUCAUUUAGUGCACCUGAUAAUGUACCGCUUCAAGCACCAGAUGGGGAAGUGAUACACCCAACAUUAGACAAAUAUGGAAGAUUAAUACAAUCAAGAACAGGAGAGAAGCUUUAUGUUGGUUCUUCUUCAAUGACUCUUUUCGGAUUGGAAAUUCAAAACAUGGUGCCUUCGUUUACAUCCAGCGCGUUGUUACCAAGCUCGAGUCUUACGAGUCCAAUUCCAUCUCCGGGGGGGCAAGAUCCAUUGAGUCCAAUGCCAAUGAGUGAAAACUCUAGUACGUCCCAACAUUCCAAACGAGAAACUAAAAUUCUAGAAAAAGAAGGAAAUGCUUAUAAGAUUACCUUAUCUAAAACUAAUACUCGUCCAGGCUUAUCCAUUAAUUUUUCCUUACCAUCCUAUUCAUAUUCUAUGUUAUUGGUUGAUACUUUUAUUAAUUAUAAUGAUGGAUGCUUUUAUUUCUUCAAUGAAGGUUUAAUCAAACGAUUCUUGAUGAAUUUAUAUUCUGGUAAAGCACGAGAUAAUAAGCAUAUUUUGCGAAGGAAUAUACCCUUAAGCAAAGGACCAGAAGAAGAUGAGAAUUCAAUAAAGAGAGAUACAGAUGAUGAAACUAUAUUGGAAACUAUUUGGUUCUGUAAGAUCUUGUUAAUAUUUGCAAUUGGUGAAAUGUAUUUAGGAACUGAAUCAGAUACACAUACAAGAAGACUUAAGAUGGAAAAUAAAGGUAAAAAUAAAGCAAAGCGUGAGAAACAUACUUUGCCUGGGUCAGGAUUCUUUUAUCAAGCCUCUGAAUUAUUCACCGGGUUGUUUGCUUCUGGUGCAAUUGAUAAUAUUACAAAAGAUGGUGGUAUUGAAGUUAUGCUUCUAUAUGCGUUUUAUUUACAAGUUGCCGAUUGUACAAUUGCAUCAUAUUUCUAUUUUGGUUUAGCAUUAAGAGCUGCAUUAAUUUUGGGUUGGCAUGUGGAUGCAGAUAAAGAAAACUUGAAUAGGUUUGAAUUGGAACAUAGAAGAAGAAUUUGGUGGACGGUAUAUAUGUAUGAACGAAUGCUUUCAUCUAAAGCCGGCUUGCCAUUAAGUUUUGCUGAUGAUUCCGUUUCGACUGAAUUACCUAUUGAUUUCAAGGUUGAUUUGACAGAUUUCCCAAGGGAUGAAACUGAUGUUAGAGGAUAUUAUAUUUUCCCUCCUGCUGAUUAUAUUAACAACUGUGUUACUAUAACGCAAAUCAAUGCCGUUAUCUUAUCAUCAUUGUAUACUAAGCAACCAACUGUGAAUAUCUUACCUGUUGUUUCUGAUUUGGUACAACGUUUAAUGACAUGGAAAAAUACAUUACCAAAAUAUUUAUUAAUUGAUUUUACAGUUGAGAAUCCUAAAGUAUCAAGAUUAAUUGUUAAUUUAAUGACUGAAUAUUUCCAAGGGAUUAAUCUUGCAGUUCGUCCCCUCUUGUUUCAUUUUGCAACUAAAAAAUUGAAAGAAUUACAAGUUCAAAAUACUCAAAACAGAUACAUUGAUUUAACCAAAUAUUCCAAGAAUGUAUUGACACUUUUGAAUGCAUCUUUUCAAGCUUCCAUAAAUACAAUUAAAAGUAUUUGGUCUUUAUUGCCUGAUAAUAUGGUCGCAUUGUUUGGAUGGAUGGAUAGAGAAUAUUUGUUCACUUCGGCUUCAACUUUAAUUCUUUUCAAUGCCUCAUUUGGUGUCCAUGAAGCUACAAAAACGCAUAUAGAUCAUGCUUUGGUGAUCUUCACCAAGAUGAAACGCUUAGGGAACUAUCCUGCCGCAUUAAGGAGAGCACAAUUGUUGAAAUUAAUACGAGUCUUGGAUUUUAAUGGAGUUAUGAAUGAUAUUUUGGAAAAGCAUGAUGAUGAGGAAGCAAGAGAAUUAUUCUCAAGUAGCGAAUCAUUAGAUAAAAAUGUAUUUAAUGAUCUUUCUGAAGAAGCUAAUGAAGUCUUGGGUGAAUUGCAAGCACCAUCUUUGAAAACUUCCGAGUUAGACUUUUUACAAUAUUCCAAUACCGCAGGACAACAACUGAAUAUCCAACAUGCUCCACAACAGCAGGGGCCCAUUCAAGUAGGACCCCAACGUCAAAACGUCCCUAAUAUGAAUCAAAUGCAAAAUAUAAUCCCUGAUCCGAAUGCUGCCGGGGAUGUGUACACCAAUCAGGAUCUUGCUGGUAUUGAAGGACUUACAUACUUGGAUGAGGAACAAAAAUUAUGGAACGAGAUUACGAAUGAUGCAGGAUGGUUGAAUGUGGCAGGAGGAAAUCCUAAUCAACCCCCAGGUAUACAAUUCAGUAAUCCGGCUUUGAAAAGGGGUGGUGCACAACAGGUUGGAAUUCAUGUUCAUCAAGAGGCCGAGUCUCCAGGAUUUUCGUAUAAUGUUGUGACUCCUCAAGAUUUCCCUCAAGCUGGUGGGUUUUCAUUGGGGUCAGGGGGAUAUUCUGAUUUGAUUAAUCAUGAAUUUCAAGAUUUUAUGGAUGAAACUUAG